AUGAAGGUCGCCUUUGCCUCCCUUUUCUUCGCCCUCUCCUGCCUUCUCUUUGGAGAGGUCCAGGGUGAGGCCACUGUCACCCACAAGGUUUACUUCGAUGUGGAUAUCGAAGGAUCUGAUGAGGGCGGACGCGUCAUUCUCGGUCUUUUUGGUGACGAUGUCCCAAAGACCGUGGAAAAUUUCCGCGCUCUCUGCACUGGCGAGAAGGGAAAUGGAAAGUCUGGAAAGCCUCUUCACUACAAAGGAUCUACCUUCCACCGAAUUAUCCCAAACUUUAUGAUUCAAGGAGGAGACUUCACCCACGGAAAUGGACGGGGCGGAGAGUCGAUCUAUGGAGAAAAAUUUGCUGAUGAAAACUUUGAUUUGAAGCAUGAAGGACCAAUGUACCUUUCGAUGGCCAACGCUGGACCCAACACCAACGGAAGCCAAUUCUUCAUCACCACUGUCAAGACUGCCUGGUUGGAUGGACGACACGUUGUCUUUGGUAAGGUGCUAGAGGGAGUGGACAUUGUCAAGAAUGUGGAAAAACAAGGCAGUAACUCUGGAACUCCAAAGAAGACGGUCACCAUCAAAGAUUCGGGUGAGCUCUAA